AACAUUCGUGCGCUGACUGCCGGAGUCUGCCCGGCGGCUCACUUUAGUCGAGCGCGCGCGCGCUUCGAUAACAUUCCGAAUUUCGGGCGGGAAAUUCAAAAAUAGAAUACCCUUUUUCGAACUUUAUUUUUUUUAUUUUGUGCCUGACUGUUCCUGUGGUGGAUUUUUGGUGUUUUAUCCGUGAAACCGUGGCCGGCAUGCUUUCUUAGUCAUGGUGCUUUGUAAUUUAAGAUCACUGCUGGUGGCAGUUAUCGUGUUAAGUAAUUGCAUAGCAUGGACCGCAUCAAGACAUCAUUACACACACAAUGUCUCCGGGCACCGCAGCAGGCAUAGACGCCAGGGUAAAGGGCUGUAUCUGUCGUCGUCAUACGUGAUCCCAGGUGGAGAAGGCACUGGCUGGGGCGACUGGGGAGACAGCACCCCGUGCUCCAGAACCUGUGGAGGCGGUGUUGCUAGUCAGAAGAGGAUAUGUUUGAAGUUUGGUCCUGAUGGCCAACCGCAAUGUACUGGAGGGGACACAAAGUACUUCUCCUGUGAGACGCAGGACUGUCCUCCAGGCUCCGGCGACUUCAGAGCCGAACAGUGCUCCAAAUACGACGACGUUGAAUACAGGAAUAUCAAAUACAAAUGGAAACCGUACACUCGGGGCCCAAAUCCUUGCGAGCUGAACUGCAUGCCUCACGGAGAGCGGUUCUACUACCGCCACCAAUUGAAGGUCAUUGAUGGAACGCGGUGCAACGACGACUCGUUCGACGUCUGCGUCAAUGGCACUUGUCAGCCUGUAGGGUGUGAUAUGAUGCUGGGGUCCAACGCUCGGGAAGAUAAGUGCAGACGAUGCCGCGGCAACGGCAAGAACUGCUACACCACCAACGGGGUCCUCGACACCCAGGAUCUUAUAAAGGGCUACAACGACAUGCUGCUCAUACCAGAAGGCGCUACAACCAUUGUGAUUAUGGAAGUGAAACCAUCAAAUAACUACUUGGCACUCCGAGCUAAAAACGGCACGUACUACCUGAACGGGGACUACCACAUCGACUUCCCGAGGAGUAUGACGAUCGCCGGCGCGCUCUGGUUCUACGAGAGGAGUCAGCAAGGGUUCGCUGCGCCAGACAAACUUCGCUGCUUAGGACCUACCACCGAACCUCUAUACCUUUCUCUCCUCCUUCAAAGCGUCAACGUUGGCAUCGAAUACGAAUACAGUCUGCCGACGGAGCGCGCGCCGCGCCCCACGCAGAACUACACGUGGGUGCACGAACACUUCAGCGAGUGCUCGGCGACGUGUGGGGGGGGUUUCCAAACUCGAAACGUGACUUGCCGCACGCAAAUGGACUUGGAGUUAGUGGACGACGCCCUCUGUGACGAAGGGCUGAAGCCAGUCACUAAUCAGACGUGCAAUAAUAAUGUGUGCCCCCCACAAUGGGUCACAGGGGAAUGGGGCUCUUGCUCCCAUCGGUGUGGACCUGAUGGGACCCAAUCCAGAGAGAUACAGUGCGAGAAAAUUAUUGUUAACGGGUUCCGAUCAAUCGUUUCUGACAAGGAAUGCUUCGACUUACUUGGACCUAAACCAGAGAAAUUCAGGAAAUGUAAUGUCAACACCACGUGCCCAACAUGGUUCACUGGACCUUGGAAACCGUGUGAUACAUUAUACGGUGAAGGUAAACAAACCAGGCAAGUGGUGUGCUACCAGAAAAAUGGGCGUCGUAUUGAUGUACUAGACGAUUCUGAAUGCACUGACGAGAGACCUGAAUCCGAGCAGAAAUGUAUGAUUCACUCUGAGGAGAGGACCGAUUGGGUCGCAUCGGAAUGGUCUGGGUGUGACAACUGUUUCUCCACUAUGCGUACAAGAAUAGCUAAAUGUACGACGUAUGACCGGAAGCUGGUGGAUGAUAGUUUCUGCGCCCACCACCCCCUGCCAAUACUGCAGGAGCCAUGUGACGCCGCCACGUUACCAGCCUGCGACGUGCAGUGGUACGCCACGCAGUGGAGCAAAUGUUCGUCGGAGUGUGGCGACGGCACCCAGACCCGGCGCGUGUUCUGCGGUAUCUACGUGAACAACACCGUGGUAGAAGUCGAGGAGAGCAAGUGCGCUGGCCUGACCAAGUACAGUGAGAAGAGAAACUGCACCGUGCCCAAGGAGAAGUGCCCCUCGCUGUGGUACACCGCGCCCUGGUCGAAGUGUAGCAAAGAAUGUGGCGGCGGUGAACAAAGCAGGCGCGUGCUCUGCCUCCGCGGCGACCAGUUCGUCUCCGACUGCAGUGGCCUCAACGUACCCGACUCCGUGCAAGUGUGCAACACUGGACCUUGUAAUAAAGAUGAAAUUAUCACACUGGAUUCCCACUCCACUCCAAUAAUGGACGAAGAGGAUUGUGACUACGAGGAAUAUUAUCCCGAAAUCGGUCUAGAUUUCGCAUUAGCAUUCAGCGGACGUACGUCUCCAGACCUCAUGUUAAGCGACACUCCAUCAGCUGAUAUCGAUUCUGGCACAGAAACUGGAUCAAUUGAUACGGAUUAUAUCACGGUGUCUGAUGACUUCGGUAUAUCUGAUGAUGGGUCUGGUAGUGGCUUCUCAAGCUUUUCAACUGAUUUCACAUCUGAUACUACAGACGACUACAGUACCGAUUCUACGGAUUCUACUGUCACCGAAUCUAGUGUGUCACCGAGCAGCGUCUCAGACUUAAAGCAUACUCCUCGUUCUGAGAAUGGAACAGUGGAACCCAAGGCAGCAAUCGCCACAAAAGACACCACCACAUCCGAGACGGAAACUUCAGUAACAGAUUUGGAUUACUCAACUAUUGAAGACACAGAUUACACAGUAACCGAUUCAUCAACGAGCUCAGAUGAAACCACAGGUACGGACGAUGAGUCAAGCACUACAACUGAUUUCAGCAGUUCUGACUCUACUAUAACCGAAACAUAUGAAUCAGGUUCAACAGAUUCUUCUACUUUAAAAGAAAUAUCUGAGACUGCGACGGAUACCCCUGGAUUAAGUGCAACCAGUGGUGAUGAAAUAUCUGCAUCGGAUAAAUCGAAAUCGACAGACAUAUCAGAAACAACCGAAAAAUUAGACUCAACGUCUUAUUCGGCCACCACGGAAUCAUCUACCGAUGAGAGCACUGUCGAGUUUGAAAGUUCAUUAUAUACUGAGGACACGUCUGCCUCCACUUCCUCUGAGUUAUCUUCUAGGGACAUAACUGACGAAUCUAGUACACCUUAUACCAAAGACACAGAAGGAAUAACUGCAUCUGGUUCAACUGAAUCAACAUUCACCGAUGAAACAACCAUGUCUAAAGUAACGGAAGAAUCUUCAGUUGCAGAGGAAGAAACGACGAAAACAACAAUUACCGAAGAAGUAUCAGGUACUAGUGAAAGCGCGUCUGUUGUCAGCGAUAAAACCACAAUGACAACCUUGUCUGAAGAUACUGGAAAAACUUCAGUCUCUGAGGAAAUAACUACUGAAAUGACAGUUACUGAAGAAACGUCGGAAACUAGCCCAACUGAGGGUACCAGCGAUAAAACGACAAUGACUACGGUGUCUGAAGAGACUGAAGCAUCUUCAGUUACUGAGGAAACAACUACUGAAACGACAGUUGCCGAAAAUGCAACAGAUAUAAGCUCAACUGAAGUUACUGCUAGCGAUAAGACUACAAUGACUACCAUGUCUGAAGAGACUGAAAAAACUACUGAAGAAGCAACGACUGAAAUUACAGUUACCAAAGAAGUAACAGAAUCUAGCUCAACCGAGACUGCUACGAGCGAUAAAACAAUAAGUACCUUGUCUGAAGAGACUGGAAAAACUUCAGUCGCUGAGGAAUCAACUACUGAAAAGGUGACAGAAGCGACAGUGACUACUAUGCCUGAAGAGACUGGAAAAACUAUAACUUCUGAGGAAAUAACGAUCAAAACGACAGUUACCGAAGAACCAACAGACGUUGGUUCAUCUGAAGCUAUUACCAGUGAUAAAACGACAGUAUCUACUGCAUCUGAAGAGACUGGAAAAUCUUCGGUCUCUGAAGAAGAAACUGUUAAAACGACAGUUGCCGAGGCAUCAACAGAACCUAGUUCAACUGAAGCUAUUACCAGCGAUAAAACGAAAAUGUCUACUAUAUCCGAAGAGACUGGAAAAACUUCGGUCUCCGAGGAAAUAACUGUUAAAACGACAGUUAUCGAAGAAUCAACAGAACCUAGUUCAACCGAAGCUAUUACCAGCGAGAAAACGUCAGUGAUUAGUACAUCCGAAGAAACUGGAAAAACUUCAGUCUCUGAAGAAGUGACUGUUAAAACGACAGUUACUGAUGAAGCGACAGAAAUUACUUCAACCGUAUCUAUUGAAACUAAAGAAACAUCAGUGUCUGGAUCCACAGAGGAAUUAUCAACUCAAGCAAGCUCUAAAAUAGAAUCCCCAACAACAGAAUCAGGAAUUACGUCGCAUACUACUUAUGAAGAGUCUACUGUAUCCACGACCGAAAAAGGUGAAGUUACGUCAGAGACUACAGAGCUUACUAAAUCAGUGGUUUCUACCGAAACAAUGCUGUCAACUACAGAAAAAGAAGAAACGAUUAUGUCAACAACGGAAUUAAUAUGGACUGAAGAAUCUUCUUCUACUACUGAAAGUACAGAAGAAACGGGUUCGACGACUGAGAUAAGCUCUGAAUAUACUGAAAGUACACCAGCUAGCCAAAUCAUCGAAGCUAGUACUACAGUUGCACCAGAAACAAAUGAAACUGGCACACCUGCUUCUGCUUUACCCGUUGAAGGUUUUUCGACUUCUACUGAAGGUAUUACAACACAAGAAAGUGAAGUAACAGUUAUUACUACUGAAAAAUCGAAACCCGGUACCACACUACGUAGUCCAUGGUCUACACCAACGCAUAGACGUCGCUGCAAACCAAGGAAGCGGACUUGCUCCAAGACCAUGUUCGGAUGUUGCCCCGACCGUAAAACUCCAGCCAAAGGACCGUACGAUGAAGGUUGUCCUCGGCCCAAGACCUGCCACGAAUCUAAAUUUGGCUGCUGUCAUGACGGAUUGUCGCCAGCCCUCGGGCCCUUCGAAGAAGGCUGUCCGACCAUUUCGUGUACGGAUACUCUCUUCGGAUGCUGUUUAUCUGAUAACACGACCGCGGCAGAAGGCAAUGACCAAGAAGGUUGUCCACCACCACCACCAGCUUGUAAAUCUACAGUAUUUGGAUGCUGCGCAGAUGACGAGACUGAAGCCAGGGGCCCUGAUAAGGAGGGAUGUCCUGAACUUACUACUAGCACAGAGCUACCGAGCACAACCGAAUCUGAAGCGCAAACCGAGCCAGAAUCAACAUCAUCAAGCGAGGCGACCACAACAAACAUCUUCUCUUCCUCCAUUGCAUACGAGAACUGCACCACGAGCGAAUUCGGAUGCUGCUUCGACCAGGAGACGCCCGCCACUGGUCCUCAGGGAGAAGGCUGCCCGUGUAAUUCUACUGAAUUUGGUUGCUGUCCUGACGGUGUUUCGCCAGCUAGAGGCAACGACUUCGAAGGCUGUGUGAUCACAUGCAACCUAUCCUCAUACGGUUGCUGCCCUGACGGUGAGACUCCAGCUCACGGGCCAGACGGCCUUGGCUGCUGCCUGCUGUCCGCUUACGGAUGCUGUCCUGACAACAGAAAACCAGCAGUUGGACCUCACCUGGAAGGUUGUGGAUGCCAAUACUCAAGCUUCGGUUGCUGCCCUGACAACGCGACUGUCGCUAGAGGACCUAACUUCCAGGGCUGUGGCUGCCAGUACACGGAACAUGGAUGCUGUCCUGACAGACACACGGAAGCAGCUGGACCCGACUACGAUGGCUGCGGUUGUCACACUUACCAGUUCGGUUGCUGUCCUGAUGGUGUCACUAUUGCUAAGGGUCAGAACCACCAAGGUUGUGACUGUAGAGACUCUCAGUAUGGAUGCUGCGGAGAUGGCAAAACACCAGCCACUGGUCCUGAAAGGGAAGGUUGCGACUGCGCGACAAGCGAGUAUGGUUGCUGUCCAGACGGACUCUCCGAGGCUAAAGGACAUAAGUUCUACGGAUGUUCUGACUUGCCAGAGAAUAAACAAGCGGCCUGCGGUCUGCCCCACGACCGCGGUACCUGCCGCAACUACUCCGUAUACUGGUACUACGACUUGGAGUACGGCGGCUGCUCAAGGUUCUGGUAUGGAGGAUGCGAAGGAAACGGCAACAAGUUCGCUACCAAGGAAGAGUGUGAAGAUGUUUGUGUUCAACCUGCACCUAAAGAUGCCUGUAACCUGCCGAAGGUCAAGGGAGCCUGUUUGGGCUACAAUAUUCGCUGGUACUACGACGCCGAGCAAGAGCAAUGCAGUCAGUUCAUCUAUGGCGGUUGUCUUGGCAAUGCAAACAACUACGCCUCACUACAACUUUGUCAAGAGCAAUGUCAACCUGAAAGGAGUGAAGAUCAAUGCCGUCUGCCAAUUGACCGAGGGUCUUGUUCCGGCAACUUUGGCCGCUGGGGCUUCAACAGCGAGACGCGACGCUGCGAGCAGUUCAUAUGGGGCGGUUGUGAGGGCAACACCAAUAGGUUCAGCUCUGAGAUCGCUUGCAUCCAGCGUUGUGACCCACCAGGGAAGCCCAAACCACAAUGCAUGGAGAAUCAGGAUGUUGGCAAUUGCACGGAGAAGCAACCUGCGUGGUUCUUCAGUCAGACAGAGGACCGUUGUGUGCCGUUCUACUACACCGGCUGCGGCGGCAACGACAACAGGUUUGAUUCCGAGCAGGGCUGCGCACAGGCUUGUCCUAGUGCUUAUGUGCCCGACCUGUGCACUUUGCCAGCAGCGAUCGGCGACUGCGCCGACUAUAGAGAGAGAUGGUACUACGACACUAGAGAAAAGAGCUGUCAAAGAUUCUACUACGGAGGAUGUGCCGGCAACGGCAAUAACUUCGCGACUCAAGCAGAGUGCGAGGGCCGUUGUUCAGAGGCCAAGAUUACAACUACAGUACGGCCAACAGAAGCUCAUCCUCUCACAGAAAUGUGCUUCAUGGAGAAAGACCCUGGACCUUGCACGGACACAGAGACGCGCUGGGUGUACGACUACAAACUGGGCAAAUGCGUCACCUUUGAGUACGGCGGCUGCGGCGGCAAUAGGAACAACUUCCCCACCGAGGAGUAUUGCCAAUACUAUUGCGGUACCGCGCAAGAUAUCUGCCAGCUGCCGAUGCGGUCAGGUCCGUGCACUGAGUCUCUGAUGAGAUGGUUCUACGACCCCUCCUCGGACAGUUGCAGCCAGUUCACUUACGGCGGCUGCGACGGUAAUGAUAACCGAUUCGAAACUCGUGAUGACUGCGAGAGCCGCUGUAGGACUGGCUCUGCUCAAACGACAACCACACCCACCACAAGCGUCACUGUUGCUGUGGACUCAAGAAUCGCCGAACAACUGCCAACGGAAUGCCACAUUUCCCCAUCAGAAGAACCCUGCCAGCGAUCUGGCCAGGUGUGGUAUCUGGACCAGAGGCUCGGCGAGUGUGUAUCUCACGAUAACUUGGACUCCAGUGACUCCUGCCGACACACCGGCGUGUUCCCGACGCAGGAGGCUUGCGAGCGCACCUGUGGCGCCUUCAGGAACAUUAAUGUAUGCCGCUACGACCUGGAUCCAGGUCCGUGCAGGACCUACGAGGCUAAAUACUUCUUCGACAAGGCGUCAAGAAGUUGUCGCGAGUUCGCAUACGGCGGCUGUCAUGGCGGGCCCAACAGGUUCUCCACCAUCGACGAGUGUCAAGAAGUGUGCAGAUCUGAAAUGGACCCGUGCAAGCAAGUUGUGGAACCAGGCGACUGUACGUCUCGCUACGUGAUGUGGUACUAUGACAACGUGCGGGACACUUGCCUCCAGUUCAUCUAUGGAGGAUGUCAUGGCAACGAGAACAGGUUCGAGACAUUGGAAGACUGCGAAAGAAAAUGCCGACAAAGGCCAGAGAGCGUGUCUACGACUACAGCGUUUAUCGCAACCACAACUACAACUACAACUUUAGCCCCAACACUUCCACCCACUGUAGCUGAGCCAAUAGCAGAAGAGUGCCGCACGCCAGAAUCGUUGGUACCUUGCGGUGCUAACAUCACGACGUACUACUACGAUCAGGAGAGCCGCAGUUGCGUCCAGGGCGAUAUCGGCGGCUGUCGGUACGCAAACAGCUUCCGGACUGAAGAGGAGUGCGAGAGAAGAUGCGGUGCUUUCAGAGACAUCAACGUUUGCGAAGCCCGCCUCGAUCCUGGUCCGUGUCGUUCUUCAAUCCCGAAAUUCUACUGGGAGCCCGCAUCAGGCAGCUGCCUGCAAUACUCGUACGGCGGCUGCGGCGGCGGCGCCAACAGAUUCUCAACCAUCGAGGAGUGUGAGGAGAUCUGCGGAAACACUGGACCUGCGGCGGCGUGCAAGCAGCCGGUGUCGACGGGCACGAGCGCGUGCGGCGUGCCGUCCCGCCGCUGGUACUACAGCGUGCUGGACGCCAACUGCCUCGUGUUCGCGUACCAGGGCUGCAACGGCACCGACAACAGCUUCGUCUCGUUCGAGGAGUGCGCAGACCUCUGCAAAGUUUCACGAUUGCCCGAUGUUGUAGGACCAGAUUGCGGACCAUACGAGGAGGAGUGCCUUCAGCUGGUGUGUCCGUACGGCAUAUCGCGGGAUCCGACCCCAGAGGGAUGCACUCGCUGCGCAUGCGUGGAAGCGCCCGUUGACUGCGCACCGAUGCGCGUCGAGUGCGAACAGAUGCGCUGUACCUACGGAAUGGCGAGGACGCAGGAUUUGAAUGGAUGCGAGAAAUGUUCAUGUCUACCUGAUCCGUGUGUGCGCCAGCGCUGCCCUCUGGGAGAGAGCUGCGUGGCCAUCGCUAAAAGGGACCCUGUCACCAACGACGCACAGUUCUAUGCUGUUUGCAAACCAGUGAACGAAGUAUUACCCGACUGCGACCGAUUCAACGACGAGUGCUCGCGCUUACGCUGCGAGUACGGCGUGCAGCGCACGCGCACUGUGGACGGCUGCGAGAGGUGCUCGUGCGUGCAGGUCGAGAUCGACUGCGAGCCGCUCAAGCUCGAGUGCGAGCGACUCAAGUGCCAGUACCUUGUGGAGAGACAAGUCGGCGCCGACGGGUGCGAGAGAUGCCGUUGCAGCGAGCAUCCUUGCAAGAACAAGGAAUGCGGCCCCGGGGACCGAUGUGUUCCCACGGCGUACUUGGACCCCAUUACUCAAGAGUCCAGGUUCUCUUCUGAGUGUAGACCAGUGAACAAGACCGGCUACUGCCCCGUGGAGCAGGCGUCGACCACGGAGUACCCGUGCCCCAACGAGUGCGUGGACGACGCGGACUGCCGCGGCGUCGGCAAGUGCUGCGCGCGCGGCUGCGGGCGCGCGUGCGCGGUGCCCGACGCGCCCACGUCCGCCGCGCCGCACACCACCACGCAUGCGCCUGACUUGCCGCAGUCCCCACAAGUGAGCCAGGAGACGGAGCCCGAGGUGGCGGCUGAGGAAGGCGGCAAAGCCACUCUCCGCUGCAUCUUCCACGGCAACCCACCGCCCAAGAUCACCUGGAGGCGAGGCGAGAUCACUAUCGACGGCGACAGAGAUCGGUACCGCCUCCUUUCCGACGGCUCGUUGGAGAUCGUCUCCGUGUACCGAAACGACAGCGGCGUCUACAUCUGCGUCGCUGAGAAUGACCUCGGCACCGCCAGGCAGGAGAUCUACCUCAAGGUCAAGGAUCCGGUGGAGACUCCGGCCGGCAUCGCUGGCGAACAAAGGCAAGAAAUUAUCGGGGUACUGGGCAAGCGGCUUGUCAUACGAUGCCUCACUUACGGCUACCCUACACCGUACGUGUCCUGGCACCGCGGACUCUUCGGCUCCAUGGUGCCCUACAGCAGCUCUCUUUACGAAGCUAGGGACAAUGUGCUACUCAUUAGAAGACUUACGUACGAGACAGUCGGCGAAUACACGUGCCAAGCGUACAAUGGAAAAGGACAACCGGCCUCGUGGCUGGUCGUGGUCAAGGCUCACCAGACAGACGACGAACCGAGCAACAACCCAUACAUCCUGCCGAGGAUCAGGGAGCCAGAUGAGGCGAUCCACGUGGAAGUGAAAGAGGUGACGCCAAGACACGUGGCCACGUUCACAACAACGACGUCGACGACUCCUGAACCCGAGAUAGAUAGCGGGGCUAUAUUUAACGUGCCGGUACAUACGAAGCUAGCAGCGUCCAGCUCCUCGCUCACGGCUGGCUCCGAACUGGUGCUGGAGUGUGAGGUGGAUGGCUACCCUGAGCCUGACGUCUAUUGGACCAAGGACGGCAGGAGGAUCAUACCUAAUGAUAAUAUAAGGAUCAGCGGAUCGAGUGUGUCACACCUCACAGUGGCGCGUGUGGCGCUCUCCGACGCCGGCAUGUACGAGUGCCAUGCGCGUAACAACUACAGCUCGCACUACUCCUACCUUCAGAUUGCUGUUCAACCUCUGACGAUCCCAGCCAAAUGUACGGACAGUCCGUUCUUCGCCAACUGCCCUCUGAUUGUGCGCAGCAAGUUCUGUCAACAUAAAUAUUACUCCAAGUUCUGCUGCAAGUCUUGUCUCGAGGCGGGCCAGCUCAGCGCGCACGAGGUGGAGAUGCAGGCCGACCAGCCGCUCGUCAGGAAGUGACCCGCCACCGUCACCAUCGCCACUGCCGACCAGCAUUACACACCAACUGUAUCUCCUAACCAGCCUUGUUAUGACCACUGUGGUCAUUUUAGAGAUCUGAAUUAAAAAAAUUGUUAGGAAUCCAUAAAUUUCGUAAACAGGAUUGUUUAAUUAAUAGAGGAAGUACAUUCUUAAGGCUACUUGAACUAAAAACCAAAACUAAUUCUGACUAGAUGCGUAUCAAAAAAAAGCGUGACGUCAUUCCCUUGUUAAUUUUAAAAGAUGCCAUAUAAAUGCUCGAAUAACUGCCUAACUGAAAAUUCUUCGUAAACUGGAAAAGACAAAAUAAAUUUGACCCAACAUCGGAUUAAUUAGGUACUUCAAAAUCUAUCUUCAAAAACUAAUUUUAUUCAAAGCAAUGCUGUCUAGAUCAGUGACGGUCUGACAAAACCAAAAAGAUCACCGAUAGAAGACCCUGCGUGGUGCAAAAAAAUCCCCAUUUUAAGUUUCGCAGAUAAAAUAUAAAAAAAUGUCCUCAAAGGUCCGUGCGAGGGCUCUAUAGCAGGUCAGUCUCAGUUAUCAUGUAUCCUUAAGGUAUACUAGUCGAUCCACGUAGCUUGUUCAAAGGUUGGUCGGCAGUGCGGCAUUCUGGUAUAUUGUGCCAUACGUAGGUGUUACGACUAUGAAGUCGCGGACCGCGACCGACGCUCUCACCAUACCAUAGAUGUUAGUGUAGAUAGAAUAUGUACAUGUAAAUAAAAUUAUUUUUAUUAACGUCACAUCUAUUUGUGGUUGAAUAAAAUGUUUACAGUAUAGUUCAGGUUAAACUAAAUGUGGAGGCCUCAUUUUAUUUGCGAAGACAACUUCGAACUCAGUACAUCUUUAUUUGUCUCUUUCUAAACCGCUUUGAGAGUUCGACUCUAGAGUAGGACAACAAAUAUCUUGUCAAGUAUUCUGCGUGUGGCCUCCAUCAUUUUCUCUAACUUGUGGAUUAGUUAUUUGUGGACCUUAGUCAUUAAGUUUAGCCAAACUUUUUCGACGAAUACUCAACGGGGCCUCCAGGCUGUUCCGUAGCUGAAUAGAUAGGCAGUAAAUUAUUUAUGUAAUAAGUGUCUAAAGCUUAAUAAAUAACAACACAGUUAGAGUAACUGGAGUUAAUUUCAUUAUAAUUUGUGUAAGUGUAUUUUUCAUAUUGUGACAAUGUAAAUAGACGAAAAAUGAAUAAAAUAUA